ACUCGUCACAUCCAUUAAACCAGACCUGGAUAUAACAACUUUCCCAACCAACCUCCACAGAAAUAAAUAAAGAGCCGCACAACCAACAAACCUGAAGAUACGCUUCAGAAACCCUAGAAGCUACCUGGAUUUCUCUUAGAUCUGUGGAAAUGGAGGCUUCCGAUUCCAAUCUCUCUCAGCUCCAAUUGCAGCUCUCGAACCAACCUCCGCCACAAAAUCCGACACCGGUUCAUCACCAAUUUCUCAACCCAGCUCCGGUCCAGGACCAAGUUCCGGCUCAGCAUCCGGCUUCCUCUGCUUCUCCAUCAGCUUCUUCUGCUUCUGCAUCAGCUUCCUCUUCUAAGAGCCUACCAGAUCACUUGACGCACAAAAAUCGACUGCAAGAAUAUGCCCAGGGAGCAGGCCUCCCGCUUCCGGUUUAUCAGACUGUCAAUGAAGGAAAUCGACAUGCACCAUCAACUUUUAGGUCGUCUGUGUUGGUGGAUGGAGUUUGCUAUGCUUCAUCCAACACAUUUGCUAGUCGAAAAGCUGCUGAGCAAGAUGCUGCUAGACUAGCCAUGAUCAGUAUAACAGAGAAGAUAAAGGAUGAAGUUCCUACUAUUCCUCCUGUUCACGAGGAUCUGGUGUUUUGCAAGAGUAUCCUGAAUGAAUAUAAUAUGAAAAGGAAAAUAGAACCACCUACUUACCAGACUUUUCAGGGAAAUGCGAAGGUUCCUUUUUUUGUAUCUUCUUUGGUUGUCAACGGUGUGUCCUAUACUGGGGAUGUUGGAAAAAGCAAGAAAGAGGCUGAACAGUUAGCAGCUCGUGUUGUUAUUCAAUCACUUCUAGGUGAUUCUGAAUCAGCACCCAUUAUGUCCGAGAUCCUUAGAUCUAAAUACAAACUUGCACAUAAGAGCAAGGAGCCAGACUCUUCACAUGCCAAUCUUGCAACUUCAGCAGUAAACACAGGACAAGGUUAUGUGAUCUCAACUGACACUCCAGUAGUCGUUGCACCUGAGGCAUCUUUGGGAAUGCAUCCGCCACGCCAUGAAUUUAUCAAACGGAAGCAAGAGGAACCAGCUUCUCAAGCACCCCCCCAGCUUCCCAUAGCUUUUGUUCCUCCAGCUUGUAAGCAGCCCCUAGUUGUUGUUUCAACUUCCUUGGCCACAACCCCAACUUCCUUGGCCCCUGCCUCAACUUCCUUGGCCCCUGCCUCAGCUUCCUUGGCCCCUGCCUCAGCUUCCUUGGCCCCUGCGUCAACUUCCUUGACUCCUGCUCCCACUUCCUUGGGCCCUGCUCCAACUUUUUGGGCUGUUCUUCCAGCUUCCAAAAAGCGGCGGAAGAACAAGAAGUCUGAAACAAACUUGCAGAAUGAUAAUCAGUUGCCAGCUGGUACCUUGAACUUGAAUCAACCAGCAUCUUGUGCAGCUUCGCAGUGAAUACCAUAACCGCACGGUAUCUAUUGCAAGGUGUAGGUCAAGCUCUUAUGUAUUUAGAUUAUGUUGUACGUUUAGAUUGCAUCUGUAAGAUAAGACAUCGCGGUUGCUUGCUUGGAAAUCGGAAAUGUUUUGACUCAGAUUUAUGUUUCACUUCUGCUUUGUAUGAUAGAAAAUUUGCCCUACAUUUUUAUCGA